AUGGAUACAGACAACAUUACCACUAUCAAGGGGGCCACCGCGGAGCCCCCGCAGCCAUUCAACACAGAGGAGCCAGAUAUUCCAGAUGACAAGCUUCAGCAAGAUGGUGUUCAAAUUGCCGACGCAGUCACCGCUACGUGGACUCGCAAGCAUCUGAUUGUUGCUUAUACUAGUAUGUGGCUGGUGUAUUUCGUCAACAAUCUCAACAGCAGUCUUACGGCAAACCUCUCUGCGUACAUUACAAGUGACUUUUCGGAACACUCGCUACUGACGGUGAUUUCAGUGGUAACCAGCGUUAUGGGUGCCGCUUGUUUGAUGCCCAUUGCCAAAGUCCUGAAUCUUUUUGAUCGAACUGUUGGAUUCGUGAUCAUGAUUUUGAUUGCAAUUAUGGGGUUGAUCAUGAUGGCUGCUUGUAACAAUAUUGCGACGUAUUGCGCUGCGCAGUCAUUUUAUACUGUUGGACUCACCGGUGCCAUUUUCUGUAUUGACGUGAUAACAUCGGACACCUCAUCGCUUCGUGAUCGAGGUCUUGCUUUUGCUCUCACCUCCUCCCCUAGCAUGAUCACGGCUUUUUCGGGCGCCCCUCUAUCGAAUCAAUUCCACGAAACCAAUUGGCGAUGGGCGUAUGGGACAAUUUGCAUCAUUCUCCCUAUCGCUGCCCUUCCUUUAGUUGUGACCUGGGAAAUGGCCAAGCGAAAGGCCGACAGGCAAGGUCAAUUACAAUACAAGCAGAGGACAGCGCGAUCCUGGGGAGAAUCUAUUUGGUACUACGUCAAGGAGUUUGAUGCCUUCGGGAUCUUCCUAAUGAUAGGUGGCACGAUCCUUUUCCUAACAUCUUUCAAUAUCGCCGGCAACACCGAAGGUCAAUGGCGAUCGGCGAAGAUCAUUGCUAUGAUGGUUGUGGGAUUCUGUGUUCUCGUGGCAUUCGUUGUGUACGAGCGAUGGUUGGCUCCGAAGCCUUUCAUUCCAUUCCACCUAAUCACCGAUCGCACAGUCAUUGGCGCAUGUUUAUUGGAUAUUACCUACCAGGUCUCUUAUUAUUGCUGGGCCAGCUAUUUCACCUCCUACCUCCAAGUCGUCUACAACACAAGCCUGACACAGGCCGGUUACAUCAGCGCCAUUUUUGAUUUCAUGGAUCCCAUUUGGCUUAUUGGCUGUGGCUUCCUCAUCAGAACAACCGGUCGCUUCAAGUGGCUCCUCUGCUGCGCUCUGCCUCUUUACCUCCUGGCAAGCGGUCUGAUGAUCUACUUCCGCGAACCGGGUCACAACGUGGGAUAUAUGUGCAUGUGCCAGAUCUUCCUUGCAGUGGGCGGCGGCACCUUUAUUCUGAUCGAGCAGGUUGCUGUCCUUGCUGCGGCCUCGCAUGAAGACUAUGCCGCCAUGUUGGCACUUCUCAGCACGUUUGGAAACAUUGGCGGUGCGGUGGGAAGUAGUGUUUCCGGCGCUAUCUGGACAAACACACUUCCUAACAAGCUACGCGAGUAUCUGCCAGAUGAAUUGAAGGACCAGUGGUCAGAUAUAUACGAAUCGCUGGACAUACAGCUCAGUUAUCCGGUUGGUUCACCUGCUCGCACAGCUAUUCAAAAUGCGUAUGCAUUCAGCCAGCGAUACAUGAUGAUUGCUGGUACCGCGGUGAUGGGACUUUCAAUUGCCUGGGUGCUCAUGAUGAGGAACAUCAAAGUUCAGUCUAACAAGGAUCUUUCCAAGGUCCUUUUCUAG